CCUGCGCGGGACCCAGCAGGAGCCUGCAGCCGCGCUGUGCGCCAUGAGCAGAAAACAGGGCUUUUUUUCCCGAGACGCAGGGCGUCCGAAGUGGCAGAAGAUGACGCUUCUGAAGUGAAAGGGGCCUGAGGAGGGCUGCUAUGGGUUCUGAGCUGCCGGUGCCUUGGCUGCUCCUCCUCACCUGGCUCCCAGCAGGCUGCCUGUCCUUGUUGGUGACGGUCCAGCACACAGAACGUUAUGUCACCCUGUUUGCCUCGGUUGUCCUCAAAUGUGAUUACACCACCUCUGCUCAGCUCCAGGACGUGGUGGUGACAUGGCGCUUCAAGUCCUUCUGCAAGGACCCCAUCUUUGACUACUACUCUGCGUCAUACCAGGCAGCUUUGUCCUUGGGCCAGGACCCAUCCAAUGACUGCAAUGACAACCAGCGCGAGGUCCGCAUCGUGGCCCAGCGCCGAGGCCAGAAUGAGCCUGUGCUGGGGGUGGAUUACAGGCAGCGCAAGAUCACCAUCCAGAACCGCGCAGAUCUCGUGAUUAACGAAGUGAUGUGGUGGGACCAUGGCGUAUACUAUUGCACGAUUGAGGCACCUGGGGACACCUCAGGUGACCCAGAUAAGGAGGUGAAACUCAUCGUCCUGCACUGGCUGACCGUGAUCUUCAUCGUUCUGGGAGCUCUCCUCCUGCUGCUGCUGCUUGGCGUGUGCUGGUGCCAGUGCUGUCCUCAGUAUUGCUGCUGCCACAUCCGCUGCCCCUGCUGCCCCACCCGCUGCUGUUGCCCCGAGGAAGCCCUGGCCCGCCACCGCUACAUGAAGCAGGCUCGGGCCCUAGUCCCUCCGAUGAUGGACAAACCCCUGUACUGGGGGGCGGACAGGAGCUCCCAGGUUUCAUCCUACCCAAUGAACCCCCUGCUGCAGCGAGAUCUGUCCCUCCGGUCCAGCCUGGCACCGCUGCCCCUGGCCCGCCCUGCCGCUCCCCCUGCCGUUGCCAACGGUGUCCUGGAGUAUUUGGAGAAGGAGCUGCGCAACCUCAACCCGGCUCAGCCACUGCCCCUGGACCUCCAAUGCAGACCCGGCCAUCCGUGCAGCAUGCUGUCCUCGCUGGGCUCCGAGAUCACGGAGCGCAGGGUCAUCCGCCUGCCCCCGCUGCUCAGGGACCUGCCGCCCUCCCCAAGGACGAGCCACUCUUCCCACCAGCCUUGGCUCGCCGGCCUCCCCCCGGGACCCUGGGAUCUGAGCGGAGAGAGCAGGCUGCUGCAUUCCUACCCGGAUUUCCACCCGGAGGCCCGUGACCGUUGGCCGAAGCUCUGGGCGCCGGAGGGGAGGGACCUGGACCCCCGGAGGAGGGGGCGGCACCAAGGCUCCAGGCUGAACCGCUCACCCAUGCCUUGGUCUGAGGGGGACAGUCUCAGCGACGGCCCCGCAUCCAGGGGGGCACGCAGGCGGUCCAGCCGCCCCCCGCCCAGGAGCCACUGUCCAGAAAGGCCCCGCAGGCCCAGCCCUCGGGAGGGUGCCCAGAGGCCCCGAGGGCGCAGGCACCGCAGCUACUCGCCCCCUCCGCCCUCGGGCCCCAGCUCCUGGAGCUCAGAGGAGGAGGAGGAGAAGGAGAGGCAGCCCCGACGCCGGAGGAGCCGGGGAGCCCACGUCCGACAUCGCUCGCACUCCCCAAACUGGCCCGAAGAGAAGCCCCCGAGCUACCGCUCUCUGGAUGUCAUAGCAGGCAAGAAUAGCAGGAAAAAGGGGAGCGUGGAGAGGCGCUCGGAAAUAGAGAGCUCCCAUAGUGGCAGGAGCAUGGUCAUUUAGUCCCGGGCACAGCACUUGACUCCACCUCAGCUGCCACGUGUCACCAGCAUCGCCUAGAUAUCCUGCUGUCUUGAAAGAGCCACUGAAAGUCUCUGUCACUUCUGGUUUAGAUGCUGAGAUUCAAGUAGAAGAGUUGUAAGACUUUGAGAAAUUAAUGUAGUUUCAACUUUGGUUCUGUGUAUUUAUAUAGUCUCUAACUAGGAUAUAAUCUUUCAAGAAUUUCGUAGCCUGAGUUUUCAACUAGGUUAUGUAGGUCAAGACAAUGGUCAUUUUCAGAGAACAUGAAGAUCUUUCAGAAGAAGCCAAACAUGUUUCCGGAGCCAUAAAUCUAUGGGGUAGUUUAGAAAAAUAUUUCAUGAAAACUUGUCUCCUCCAGUAGCAUAUGGUAAAGAUUCCCUCAUGUUACAUGUUGUGGUAGUUACAUAAUCUGUUAACUUGAUACUAGUAAGAGUGAAGGGGUGAAGUUUAGCCUGUCAAUCAGA